UUUGCCUAACGUAACAGACACCCCCACCCACCCUCACUCAACCUGGAUUAUCGACACUGACCAAACUCACAGAUGAAACAAUCCUAUUAUGUCUGUGCGUUUAUCAGUUCGUCAAUGUCGGUAUUUCAUCCUGUUAUUCGUUGAGUGUGUUCUAAGAGAAUGUAGCUAGCUAAAUUAUUGUAAGUGUGAGUUGUUUGAAGAAGAAAUUGGGCAAAUUGUGACUGAGUGUGAUUGGAGAGAAUGUAGCUGAUGAAAUUUGUAUUAUAUUGGGAUGAAAUUGUGGAGUGAAAAACUAUAUACUUGUACUGUGGUUGGAGGAAAUUUGAAACGUUGGAUGAUUGGCUGAAAAGGUAUUUAUUUUUUGGUAACUUGAAGCUGAUCGAUCAAAUUCAAAGCAAUGAUACAUUUUUUUACCUAGAUACAUUAAAUUAAUAUUCUUAUAUUUUUUUGGAGUAAUUGGAAUUCGAAUAAGAAUACUUGAGACAGUAUCUUGUGAAGCUGGGAUAUAUUUUUUGAUAGAUAUUCGCUAUGAAAUUUGAUUAACAAACUAACUACAAAAAAAGGGGAAAAAAGGAUUAAUUUUUCACAUAUUCUGAGGUGUGGAAGCUGUGGAUAUAUGUUUAACACAAUAUUUAAUUUGAGCUUUCUAAAUUGAAUGGAGAGUGAUCCCAUUCUAUUGAUACAUGUCUUGAAACCUGAUUUUCGAAGCUAAACGCUCUCAGGAGAAGGAUUAUAGAGAAGAUAUACAUUUUUUCCAUCUAAGAUGAUGUUUUCUACCCUUGGAAAAGAUUUUUGAGGAUAAGUUCUUUGAGGAGAGCUUUAUCACUCUGUUCUAUUAAGAUUGAUGAAUGUACGAUAAUAAGUAGUAAAUUUGGACAAAAACUUCAUGCUUGAUGCUAUAAAGAAAUCUGACGACAUUUGCGAGUGAUAUGAGAGAAAAAAGAGUACGCUGUAAAAACACCAACCAGAACUUGUAUUUUGUGUCAUCGAUUGUAUUGACCCAGUUCGAUAAGCUAGAUCCAAGGGUGGCUAACUGCUGUCGGGUGGGGAAAACCAAAUAUUUCUACUCAUACUUCUUCCUCUACAACUCAUGAAUGAACGGAGUGGACAUGGUGGGGGAAAGUAGUACGAGUUUAUCAAUGAACGGUAGUGGUGGCGGGGGAGGGGGUUGACCGGAAGAGUAAGUAGAAGAGAGGGAGGGGGAGGGAUGUCGUCCUCAUCGGAUAUAGGAAUAUCGGGAGUUAGUUCUUCGACAGUGGCAGUUAGUAGUUCGGAACUCGUGGCCUCCAGCGAAGUAAGUGACACCAAACUACUACUGGAUUUGGACCAGGGUGAGGUGAUCGAUCAACACCAAUCGUCAGUCUUCGACAUGACUUUGAAGAGCUAUCAGGACCAGGAUAGUAUGUACCACGACAUGUCACCUCGUACCUACUACAACACCAUGCAAGCAGAUAACAACAAUGUUGACAAGGAGCAGCAGUCACCGGUUCCUCAGGAUGAUCAGUGGAACAGAUACUAUGUGCCCGAGGAAGCCGCGGGAACUAGUAGUGAUGUGAUCCCGGCAGUGCUGGACCAUCUCCAGCAUCCAGAGCCAGUCACCGGUGAUGGGGGAGUCAUCAGGUUCCAGGUCACCGUUCCUGACUUCGGUCACGAUACUUGGGGAUCUCCGUCCGGGGAUUCAUCCAAUCCAGAGCCAGGACUUCUGCUCCAGGCUGCAGGCUGCUCCACUGCACAUGGCCAGUCAUCUAAAAAGCAAGAUAACUGUGGGAAAAGCGUCAAAUCAUCUGACUCAAAGAGAACAAGGACAGCCUACACGAACUCACAACUAGUGGAGCUGGAAAAAGAGUUCCAUUUCAACCGUUAUCUGUGUCGACCAAGGAGAAUCGAGAUGGCAUCUCUGCUCAACUUGUCUGAGAGACAAAUCAAAAUUUGGUUCCAAAAUCGCAGGAUGAAGUACAAGAAGGAUCAGAAAGUCAAAGGACUUGUGGGUCUCCAAGAAAUAUCGUCAUCAGGAAUGGGUGAGAAAACGCCGAGCUCAGUAGGAGGUUUGAGUCCACCGCUGUCAUCCGCUACACCUUCACCCAGCCAACCAUGUCAGCAGGAGGCAGAGCCGUCAGCUGUCAUCCACCAUCAACCGUUCCAGGGUGAGAUGAUGCCAGCAGACAGCAAAGUGGAGGAGUCCAUGAUGGACCAAAAGCAUACCAUGGAUCAUCAACAGUACGACACAUCACAAGCAUGCCUAAACUGGAGACAAGAUCAGAAGAUGUCCCAUCAACAACAGUUUCAGCAACAAUCGUACCAGUUCUACCAACAAAACUACCAAGGUAAUCAGGAUUAUCUUACCAGACCUUCUCAGAGUUAUCCAUCUCUCAUUGAUCCAGUAACUAGAGGGAUGAGCGCCAGAAACUACCAGAGUGUAACCAUGGAUGAAUCAUAUCAUGAUCAACAGUUAUUCAGGAGCCCCAAUGUCUAUGAGGACCCCACAUUACCGACAACUUUGUACAAUUAUGGAAAUGAGGGAUAUGAUACUCACCAAACAUAUUUCACCAACAUCAACCAUUUCCAGCAUCUCUCUCUGUCAACUCCAGCUCUGGAUGUUGCAGCAGGGUCCUGGAAAUCUCAACCUCAACCUCAUCUCACCUAUGGUGACCCUCAGAGGAGAACUUCAGUGCCAGGUCGAGAUGAUCCCGCGUUCCAUGAACAAAUGCAACCUCAUCUACAGAAUCAGAAUUUUCAGAGUUUGCCUGCCAGAAGUGACUAUGUCAAGAUGGAGCUGUCAAACUUUGAUGACGUUCAUCAAAUGCAAGAAAACAGUUUUUGGACAAACGAGAACACUGGAUUUGUCAAUAAUUACGGACAAGUUCUAGAGAAUGAAAACAGUGAUAAUACAAAAAGUUUGACUGAGCUAUGACAUCUGUUGACUUCAAUGUGUGGUUGAAAUGUUGAAGUCUGGGGAAAAGUGUAAUAAAUAGAGAAAGUUGAAAAAGCUAGGAAUUGAUACUAAUUUGUGUUUGAAAUACGUUACUGUGGGAAAAGUGUAAUAGAAUGAUAUUGACAAUUAGCUAUUGAUAUUACUUAUUUGGGGCUAAACGUUUUUCAAAUUGAAUACCAGUUUAGAUAGUUAUCUACUCCACUUGUGAAAUUCAUUAUCAAAUACCUCUAUUUAAUUUUUUUUGUUUUUUCAUGUUUUCAAAUGGCAAUUUUGGAGUGGUAUGCCGGUACUAAUGAAUUCAUCUUCACCACAAAACUGGUAGUUAAUAUGUUUGAAAUUUAUUAUGAAUUAUCUAGUUUAUAGUACACUAUUCGUAGAGUUUCUCUCAGAAAAAAUACACUUUAUGUGGAUAAAAAUACGCCAUAUUGAAUGAGGGGAGUAGGAAUUCGAGUGAAACACUGUUUAUUUCAAAAGAACACGAGCGAGCUUGACAUACUUUUAUGGAAUAUUUUGUUUUAUUAUUGUUAGAAUAGUUUGAUAAUAUGUUGAUGAAUAGUUGAAAAUGUAUUAUUCAUAUAAAUCAUUUAUCUGUAAUUGGAUUAUUUUGAUAUGUUUAGUUUAUAAUUUAAACCCUGUUGAGUCUGAUUUCUGUGUAUAGUUAGAUAAGCAUUAUUAAGUUAUUUGUUGCAGUUUAUUCAAUGUAGGCCUUGCCAUCAUAUUUUGAUGAUUGCUAUCCAAGUGAUAGGCAAUUUUAUAUGUUCUCAUUAUGUUUACCUAAUUUAGUCUCUAAUGUGUUCUAGUUUUUAUUUUUAUUACCAGAGCUUGUUAUUAAUAUUUUUACACAAUUUUGGGGAUUUUCCCAGAUUGUGAUUCUUUUUUCCGUCUUAAAAUUCUGCUUUUGCAGAGAUAAACUAGGAACAGAAACAUUUAUAAACGUUAUAUGAGCAUAUUCCAUGCUAUAAAAAACAUUUGAAAACUCUGCUUUUGCAUAAAAAAAACAUUUUUAACCAGUUUUACAUACAAAUAUUAUUAAUGUAUUUUGUUGUUCAACAAUUUUUCUGUACAUAUUGCGUUGAAUUUUAAUUAUGUAGGAUAUAGUAUCAAAUUGACUUUAUUUUUCAUCUGGAAAAUCUGCUUUUGUAUAAAAAAAUACUUUCAACCAGUUUUACAUACAAAUGUUAUUUAUGUGUCUCGUUGUUCAACAAUUUUACUGUAAAUAUUGUGUUGACUAUUAAUAUUAUAGCCUAUAGGCUAUAGUAUAUUAUUUACUUUAUUUUUCUUCUGAAAAAUCUGCUUUUGCAGAUAUAAAUGUAGAAACAUCUUCAACCAUUCUCAUAUGCAAAUGUUAUUUUUGUAUUUUAUUAUUUAAAUAGUUUAUUGUGAGUAUUACGAUUCCAUUGAACUGAAUACAGUGUGAAAAAUCUGAUUUUAUAUACAAAUAUCAGCCAUCCUAUUGGAAUUUGAAUUAAUUUAUAACAUAUUAUAGUAGCAUUUCUGAACAGAAAACAUAGUAUUUUCGAAAUCAAUAGAUCUUAUUUUCACAUUCCUAUUGCUCAUGAAAUUAUGAUGUUCAUAGUAUCUUUAAUUGAAUAAAUUAAUUGUUAACAUGUGAA